AUGAAGUCGGGCGGUGUUGGGCCCGCCGCUGAAGGCGAGAGGAGCCGGGGCCGGAGAAGAGGUUGCGAAGGGCCGGUGUCCGCUGUUGGGGGUGGAGGGCGCACAGGGGGAAGCGCCGACCUCCGUCUGUCUCAGGUCGCCGCAGCAGGCCACGUGGAGCUCAGCAUCCCGCCCGCGCGGCGCCUCACAAUUGAGGACUUUGAGAUCGGGCGUCCUCUGGGCAAGGGAAAAUUUGGGAAUGUGUACCUGGCGCGGCUCAAGGAAAGCCAUUUCAUCGUGGCCCUGAAAGUCCUCUUCAAGUCCCAGAUAGAGAAGGAAGGACUGGAGCACCAGCUGCGCAGGGAAAUUGAAAUCCAGGCGCAUCUACAACACCCCAAUAUCCUACGUCUCUACAACUAUUUCCAUGACGCACGCCGCGUGUACCUGAUUCUGGAAUAUGCUCCAAGGGGUGAGCUCUACAAGGAGCUGCAAAAGAGCCGCACAUUAGAUGAACAGCACACAGCCACGAUAAUGGAGGAAUUGGCAGAUGCUCUGAUCUAUUGCCACGAGAAGAAGGUGAUUCACAGGGAUAUUAAACCAGAGAACCUACUGCUGGGAUUCAGGGGUGAGGUGAAGAUUGCAGAUUUUGGCUGGUCUGUGCACACCCCAUCUCUGAGGAGAAAGACAAUGUGUGGGACUCUGGACUACUUGCCCCCAGAAAUGAUUGAAAGGAGAACAUACAAUGAGAAGGUCGAUCUGUGGUGCAUUGGAGUCCUGUGCUAUGAGCUGCUGGUGGGAAAUCCACCCUUUGAGAGCCCUUCCCAUAAUGAGACCUACAGACGCAUCCUCAAGGUAGAUGUAAGGUUUCCCCCAUCAUUACCUUUGGGGGCCCAGGACUUGAUCUCCAAGCUUCUCAGAUACCAGCCUUCGGAGCGGCUGCCCUUGGCCCAGAUCCUGGAGCACCCCUGGGUCCGGGCCCACUCUCAGAGGGUGUUGCCUCCGUCUUUUCAGAUGGCUUCUUGA